UAGCCCUUUAUACCAGUGCCACUUCUCUCCGUUGCAAACAAGACGUCUGAAGAGAAAACCCUGGGGAUAUCAGCGGCGGCCGGCGAUAGAGGAGAAAUCAGCCAUGGCAACAGCUAAAACUGUAAAGGAUGUAUCCCCGCAUGAGUUCGUGAAGGCUUAUGCUGCUCAUUUGAAACGCUCCGGCAAGAUGGAACUCCCGCACUGGACUGACAUAGUGAAGACCGGCACCUUCAAGGAACUUGCCCCAUAUGACGAGGAUUGGUAUUAUAUUAGAGCUGCAUCCAUGGCAAGGAAGAUCUACCUAAGGGGAGGUCUAGGUGUUGGUGCAUUCAGGAGGAUCUACGGUGGCCGAAAGAGAAACGGAAGUGCUCCACCACAUUUCUGCAAGAGCAGUGGAGGUAUUGCCCGUCAUAUCCUUCAGCAAUUGCAGACCAUGAACAUUGUUGACUUUGACAGCAAGGGUGGGCGAAAAAUCACAUCCAGUGGACAACGAGAUCUUGAUCAAGUUGCUGGAACAAUUGCUGUUGCUCCAUAAAAAAUGUUUCAAAAGCUCAUCUAGAUUACCUUGGAUAGUGAACGACUUUCUGGUAUCCUAAUCAAAAGCAAUUUCAUGCACUCAAUUUUUUUUUUUUUUUUUGUUCUGCUGACAGAUAAUUAGUUAUAUGAAUGUGGUUUGUUUUAAGUAUUGUUGACAUUUGUUAUGACGUUACCGAGCAUUUGAUUCCUGUUGGUAAGAGUAUUGUUUUUUUGUUACUA